AUGGCCCCAGAUAGCGACACUAUCGUAGUCCAGCUACCAGAAGACCUCCGGACCUCAAGCACACUGGACGACGAAAUGGAGACCGACGAAAGGCACCAAGACAACCCAACAACACCCAUCGAGCAGACCACCCAAGAAACACCAAGCGCCUCCCAACAAGCUACAAAGACACUAAAGAAAGCUGUUAAUGCCGCAACUGGACCACAAAACCCAAACAACCAAGAAAAACCAAACAACCAGAACACCCAGAACAUCCAAAACACCCAAAACACCCAAAACACCCAACAAAACAAGACAUCAUACGCUAGCGUAGCCGCCCAGAACAACGGAAACACAUGGACUACAGUGUCUACAAAAAAGAAGACAAACAAAAAGCCAGCAAGCUACUACCAAGCAGUCCUUACGCUUACCCAGCCUACGUCUCACACACCACUCCAGAUUAGAGACCUAAUCAACGAAGAGUUCACAAAGGGCGGCAUCAAAGACCCAGUAGUGAAGGAAGUAACAACAAGUAGAAAGAACAAUAUUAUUCUAACAACCACUCCAACCUACUCAGGAGAAUACCUAGUCCAACACAAGCAUAUAUGGCAUCAAAAGUUUGAGCUAAAGAAUGUACAACUACUAGAAUCAUGGACGAAAGUAGUAGUACAUAAUGUGCCAACAGAAUGGGAGGGAGCAGAGACACUAGAGAUACUCCACACAGAAAUCCCAGCAUACAACAACGGACUACAAAUUACUGGCAACCCAUACUGGAUAUCAAGAGAAUGGCAAAACAAGAAGAACAGCUCUAUUGUAAUAGCAUUCAAAACAGCCGAAGACGCAGCCAGACUUGGUGAUAGCAACGAGCACCAUCCAUUGUGGGACCCGCUAUGCCCAACGACGAGCCAAGGAGCACAGCCAUUUAUUGACUGGAUUGAAGAACAAGAUCUAGAGCUCCUAAACACACCAGGAGUAGGCACAUUCUUCAGACCACACCUAUCUAGAGAAACAGUCCUAGACCUCUCACUUGUCACUCCAGACUUGGCUAGCAAAGCUACGGACUGGCAGACUAUACCUGAAACUGGAUCAGAUCACUACGGCCUCCUAUUCUCCAUCCAAACAAACGCAGACCUUGUAGAAAACCCGACAAACCAACCCAGAUUUAAUACUGCCACAGAUGUCAAUGAGCAAGCUGAGCGAGCUCAGCCAAUUGGCGUGCAUAGCCAAUUGAGCGGAGGCCAGCAGCUCGCUCGGCUCGCUCGGAUUGGCUGA